AUGUCAUCAUCAUCAUCAUCAUCAUCAACCAACAACAACAACAACAACAACAACAACACUUCGAAUCUCAACUUACCUUCUAUCAUUCUACCUCAAAUCAAUCAUUAUCAAUCGGAUCAAACUAUUACUUUCAAUCAAUCUAAACUUAACUCUCAACCUCAAAUCAAUCAGCAUCUAAAUCAUCUAAAUCAUCAUCAUCUUCAAUCUGAUCAACUAGAACUAGAUUUAGAUUUAGAUUCAGAAGAACUCACUCCAUCAGAAAUAGUACAAGAUCAUGAUGAUGAUGAAGAUGAAGAUGAUGAUGCUCAAUAUGCAAUGCCAAUGGAUGAUCCUUAUGCUGAAGUAGAACAUGGUUGGAGAAGAAUGAGUGAAACGGCUGUCUCUUCAUCUCAAAAGAAUCCAAAACAUCAAAUCAAACCUAUCAACACUUGGUCAAAUCUAUCUAAUCCAAAUAAUGAAGAAGUCGUCAAUCAACUCAGCGGUUUCUCUUUCUCAACAAGUCAAUCAUCUAAACCUAACAAAUCUCUCAAUCAAUCUUCUCUACAAUCUAGAAAGUUUUCACUUCCUGCUCCAAUCUUAUCGAAUCAUCCCAAUCCUUCAUCUGGUGUAUUUAAUCUUAGUAUGAGACGUUCAGAUCAACCACCAAACUCAUUCAAACCACCUGGUUCAGCUAGUUCAAACAAAACUUCAUUCUCAAAUAACGAACUCAUCAUCAAUCCUCCUCAUCGAUCUCGUUUACCUAGCUUUUCUACCGAACUUGAACCUAUCUCUGGUAGUCCUACUUCUCCUGAUUCUCCUAUGAUUGUGAAUUCAUCCGAUUCGACUACUUCUACUUUCAGUACUUGUACCACUAACACUCCUCCUCAUUCUAUCAAAUCAAUUCGAAAUCAAUCACUUCCACCUAGUCAAUCAGCCUUUCACCCUCCGCCUUCUUCUUCUUCUUCACUCUCGGGUCUUCAUCAAUCAUCGCGUACCAGCACCAGUUGGAAAUCAAAUUCUCAAGAUCAAUCUUACAGUGCAUUUGAUCCCACUUCUUCUUCAUCUUCUUCCUUGUGCUCAUCAUCCGAUGAAGGACUCUUACGUCGAGCUUCUUGUUCAUCACUUGCAAGUGUAGCUAGUCUUACUAGUAGUCAAAACGGAUCGACCUCUGGUCUUAAAGCCCGUCGAGGAUUGACCAAACCUCUUUCAUUAGCAAUGCCAUCUUCUAAUCUUUCAACUACUGCCCCAACUCCUCUCACCGGUCUCAACACUCGAUCUCAUCUUCAUCCUUCAUCCAAUGACAAAUCCAAUGCGUUUCGCUCACUUCCUCCUUCCCCUCGUCUUACUACAUCUGACCAUCUUAACAUGAGGGAUCAAAUCGUAGGUAUGAGAGCCAAUGUCACUGGAAGUCUUUCUAUGAAACGUCGUACCUCUAUUCCUCGUCUCUCUCUAGGUGGGAUCUCUCACGCCACACCUACGCUAGAUCCCAAUCGACGAAGUUCAUUGGCUGUGACCUCGUCUAAUGAUUAUGUCAAGCUCUUGGGAAGAAAUUUGGAAAGAUCAUCGAAUUCAUCAUCUGUAGCUUCCACCCCACUUCGAUUACAUUUCGAUCCGAUGGCAGCUCGAGAUGGCAAAACAGAAUUGAUGAGUUCACAAGUCGGAGUAGGAGGUCGAGGGCAUAUUGAAAGACCUCAGGCUGGGAUCAAUGGAGAACCGGUAGAAGAAUAUCCAUAUCAAAACGGACCUCGUGAGGUUUUACCUGGGAUCUACCUUGGAUCCGAACAAAACGCAAGAGAUGUGAGCUUAUUGAAUGAGAUGGGCUUUAGUUGUAUUAUCAAUGUAGCCAAAGAAGUGGAAUGUCCUUGGAGUUUACCUACCUAUCCAUCUCCAUCUUUAACACCCAUGACGAUGAAUCCCGGGGAAAUGAUGAGUGUGGAGACAACAGCUCAUCAAGACUUGACACCUAUUGUUUUAGCUACUCCUCAUCCUCCUCAACGAUUACAAGUACCUAAUCAGAUUUCCAAUCAAAGUAACAGUCGAACGUUUUUAGUUAGACCAACAGCUUCGACACCAAACCUUCAUAGAUCAUACCAAAGAUCACCAGAAUCGAAUCCACUCUUAAAAUCUGGUUCGAUCUCAACACAUCAUAAGAAAGCAUCAGUGAAAGACUUACCGAUGAAUGCGAAUGGAGAAAUCGAAUGUGAGUUUCCAUCCGAUCAAAGCACAGGCCGACCAUGUCUAGAGUAUCAUAAAUUACCUUGGUCACAUGAUCAAGACGGUUUGGCUAUCGGUGGGAAAUUUGAUGAGGUCUUUGGAAAGAUUGAUGUGGCGAUUCAAAAUGGAAAAAAGAUUUUGGUUCAUUGUCAGUGUGGGGUUUCACGUAGUGCUACUUUGGUGAUUGGUUAUUGUAUGAGAGAAUCGGUUUUGAAACGAACUAGUUUGGGUUUGGGUGAUCAUUCAUCUCAGAAUGGGACUAAUGGGAAUGGUGGGAUGCAUGAAGCUUAUACGUUUGUGAAAGAAAAAAGCCCUUGGGCUGGUCCAAAUAUGGGAUUGAUUUAUCAAUUAAUCGAAUAUGAAAAAGUUUUAAAAAAGAAAAUCUUGAUGAAUAAUCACCUUAGUAACUGUAAGAGUAGUGUUGGAAAUGGAAAUGGAAAUGGAAAGAUGAUGAUUAUGAAUGAACAAGAAGAAGAAGAAGAAGAAGAAGAAGAAGAAGAAUUGGAUGGGGCUAGAACUCCUACUGGAGGACUUGAUGUGUGA